AUGGGGAAUGGGGGCGCCUGGCGCCGCGCGGACGGGCACGAUGCCACCCGCGAGCACCUGCUGAUGGCCCUGGCCGACGUGGACCUGUUCAUGAUCCGGGCGUCCUACUCAGAGCAGCCAGAGGAGAGCAGCCUGGCCGAUGUCAGCCUGGACGUGGCAGUGCCACACGUCACCGGCCGCCCGCCCGCGCUGGAGGUGGAGGACUGCGCCUGCCCGCCCGGGUACCGCGGGGCCUCCUGCCAGGACUGUGACACCGGCUACACCCGCAGCAGCGCCGGGCUCUACCUGGGCACGUGUGAGCCGUGCCAGUGCCACGGCCACGCCGGCGAGUGCCACCCCGACACCGGCGUCUGCCAGGGCUGCCGGGAUCACACGGAGGGACCCCAGUGUGACAAGUGCCAGCCCGGCUACUACGGCGAUGCCACCCGGGGCACCGCGGGCGACUGCCGGCCCUGUCCCUGCCACGGGCCCCAUGGGGACAGCCAGGUGACCAAGAUCUGCUUCGAGGACACGGACGGGCAGCCCACCUGCAGCGCCUGCGCCCCGGGGCACGGCGGGCGCCUCUGUGAGAGGUGCUUGCCCGGGUACGUGGGGGACCCUCCGCGGGGACAGCCGUGCCAAGUGCCCGGCGUCCCUGGGGGGCAGUGCCAGUGUGACCCGCGCGGCAGCACCGGCGAGGGCUGCGACGCCGACGGGCAGUGCCGCUGCAAGGCCAAUGUGGAGGGUCCCCACUGUGCCACCUGCCGUGCCCAUCACUUCCACCUGAGCGGGGCCGAGCCGGCCGGGUGCCUGCCCUGCUUCUGCAUGGGCAUCGUGCAGCACUGCGCCAGCACCGCCCUCGCCCGCGGCACCGUCCGGACGCCCUUCGCCCCGGGGGAUGCCCAGGGGUUCGCCCUGGUGAACAGGCAGCGCAGCACCCGCGUGGGCAGCGGCUUCGGGGUCCAGCCGGGCACCCCCCACCCCGUCCUGACCUACGAGCGCUUCGGGGAGCUGCCCCCCGACUCCUACUACUGGCAGCUGCCACCCCCCUACCAGGGGGACAAGGUGGGCUCCUACGGUGGGCGCCUGCGCUACACCCUGACCUACACCCCGGGGGGCCCGGGAGCCCCCCAGCCUGACGCCGACAUCCAGAUCACGGGCAACGACAUCACGCUGGUGGCCCAUCAGCCCGAGCUGCCCCCGCGGACCCCCCAGGCCUUUGAGAUCAUUUUCCGGGAGCAAUACUGGCAGCGGCCAGACGGGCAGCCGGCGACGCGGGAGCACCUGCUGAUGGCCCUGGCGGACCUGGACGAGAUCCUGAUCCGGGCCACCUACUCCACGAGCACGGCCUCGGCCGGCAUCGCCGGCGUGGCCAUGGACACGGCCGUGCCCCCCCAGCCCGGCCUGCCCCCCGCCCCCGAGGUGGAGGAGUGUCGCUGCCCCCCCGGCUACCACGGGCUGUCCUGCCAG